UGACAGACCCCAGUCCAUGUUCAGCCUUGGGUUGUACUGCAACUGGCAAGUCCAUUGGUGUACGAAUGAAUGGAAAACACUUGUUCCAAACAUCAGCAAACCAGCGUCUCGCUUGUUUGCAAAUAAAUUACGUUUGAGUAUGCCUCUCUCCAUAUUACAGCCGAUGUCAUAAAGUACACCAAACUUCAUAUUAUGUCGACUGCGUUCCAUAAGCCAGUCCAGCAUAGCUACGGGGAAAUGACCCUUUUCGCCACUCUGAAUUAUAUUGAUGAAUUUCAAUAUAUUAUCGUGUCGACAGCCGCACGCCGUUAUAUCCCCAGAACUAUUCAAAGCGGAAUUGGAUGAUCCUAGUACAGCUCGCUCGAUUGGGUUCUCCCAUGGGCUUAAGCAAAAUGCACCAGGCAUCCCCUCGGACCCAGUUUGUACUCGGGUUCUGGAGAACCUCGGGAUCAGGAAUCCCUCGGCCGCGGCUACUAGAUUCGUUUCCUCGGAUUCGCUCGCAGCGAAUCCGCGAAUCACCGCGCGAAUGAAAAGAGGACGGAAUGAGAAAUAUGAAUUUGCACACGUGAAUUACGUUGAAAUGAAGAGCCGGAGAAACGAGGAAGCGCCGAAGUAAGAAUGUACAAAGAAAGCGUUCAAAAAGCAGAGAAACCGUUCAAAUAGUGAAAAUGAAAAAUGCUGUAUACAAACGUGUGAAUCGCGUUCCGAGCCAAGUUGCGUUGAACGACAUAGUGCUGGCCCCAGUCGGUUGAAAAUUAAGAGAACCACAAAGCAUACCCUGAGU